AUGCCCAAGAAGAAAGCUACGAAGAAAAGUAUCGUUCCCGAAGGAGUUUCCGAUGAUCUUAGUAUCGCGAGUCAGUCCGUUGAGGGGAGUGAUUCGGAGUCGUCGAGGGCCGACUCGUCCGACGAUCCAACUGUAUCGCUAUUGGAUAAAGUGGCGAUGGCUAUUGACUCACUUUCCGCAAGUCGUCCGGAUCAACGAGUCCUCGUAAUGCGAUCUCUACGAGAUGCAUUCCGUGUAAAUUACCUCGGUCUACCCACUUUACCCGAAAAAUGGAACUAUUAUGAGACACUAAUUUCAGGUUUGGACACUGCUAUGAGGCGUGGUAAACCCGCAGAGGAGGUGGCAGCAGCUCAGUGUCUAAGCGUCUUUAGCACUCAACUUACGCCUUUUGAGAACCGAUGUUUAGCCGAACAGUUCCAAAGUUUCAUGGAAUCGCGAAUAUGUGAUCCCACGGAAAAGAAUACAUUUAGAAGUGCCUGCGCUACCACUCUGGGGUGGCUGCACUUUCUGAGCGAUUCAAAGGACUUUCCUAGCAUUAAGCGGCUGAUGAACCUUCUGGAGGACAUUUUCAGGGCCUCCUGUCUUAAAGGUGACGGGAAACCGCAGACACUUGAGGCGACGACGGUGGCACUGCAUCGCGAUUGCCUCCAUGUCUGGUGCCUCCUCUACACCAUCUUGCCUAUCUCAGAUGCAAAUGAUUUAGGCCAAGGUGUGAUAAAGUCACUUGUUAGUCUUCUUCAGUCCAACUAUCUGGAUGUUCGACUUGCUGCCGGUGAUGCAGUUGGUCUGAUUUACGAGCGCAUUCGUGAUGAGUCGAAGAGUGACUUUAGGGGCCCAUAUUUCGGCAUGCUGACUGAAGUUCUCGAUCAGCUCGCCAAUAAUUCUGACAAGUCAACGUCGAAGGUCGAUUCAAAGAAACAGCGUUCUAGCUUCCGCGACCUUCUAAACUUCUUGCGCUCCUACGAAUUACCAUCCGAACAGGUGGUGAAGUUACAGUCGGAGCGUCUGACCAUUGACUCAUUUUGUUUGGCCUUCCUCUAUGACUCCUUCUGUCGUCUUAUAGCAGUUGGUAUGAAUACGCACUUGCGCGAGAGUGAGCUGAUGCGAACGGUCUUUGAUUUGGGCCCGCCACCACUAAGAAUACAUCCUAGUCAGGCGGUGCGUGGGCAGAACAAAAAGGCUCGCCAAUAUGCAAACCAGCGUGCUUCAAAAGUUCGUACUCGACAUCGGCAGAAGUCACGCGACCGGAGGGCUAUAUUGACCCAAGAGGAGUGCUGA